GUGACCCGCAGGGCGGGACGACCUCUCUGCUGCAGCAGCGACUUUCACGCUGACAUUUACUAACACGCUGCUGCACUAAACACACUAAACACCAUGGAUCAAAGUAAACCACAAGAGGAGGAUUAUGGAUACAAUCUGUUCCCGGACAGGAACGCGGACAAGUCUGCGGGAAACCUGCUGAAGGAAAGUCUGUUCACGUUCAAGCACAAGUGUCAGGUCAUGUUGCACUUCGCAAUGGAAACCAGUCCAUAUGCCAAACUCCUCCUCAGUGCCAUGAAGAACUCCGGAUGCAAAGUGUUUAAAGAUCGUCACCUGUCCUGUGAAGACUGUGAUGAGACGGUCAGCGGUGGGUUCGACGCAGCCUCCUCUCAGAUCGUCUUGUGCCAGAACAACAUCCACCAGCAGUCUCACAUGAACCGAGUGCUCACGCACGAGCUGAUCCACGCCUUCGACCACUGCCGGGCCCACGUGGACUGGUUCAACAACUACAGACAUCUGGCCUGUUCUGAGGUCCGAGCGGCUAACCUCAGCGGGGACUGCGCCUUCAUGAACGAAGUUGCCAGAUUCAACUUUGGCUUGAAGGAGCAUCACAAGGAGUGCGUCCGGGGCCGAGCCGUCCGCUCCAUCCUGGUGGCGAGGAAAAUCAGCCGAGAGAACGCGGAGAAAAUCGUGGACGAGGUCUUCGACACGUGUUUCAAUGACCACGAACCCUUCGGGCGGAUCCCGCACGGCAAGAAGGACGCCAAGUUCGCCUACAGACAUUACCGAAACAGGGAUCAGUAUUACGCAAACCUUUAGGGGCUUUGAGGCCUCAAGAGGUGACUGUUGGAGCAAUGGCAUCCCUGCAGACGGGACUUUCACAGAUCGACUUGUCCUUGGGACAAAAGUAAAGACGAGAAGAUGCAGUACAUGUCCUUUUCUUAUUUUUGGACAUUUAUUCUGAGUGAAGGGAUUGGGAGGAGCGAUGUCACUCUAGCGGGGAAGUAUUAAACCAGUGGAGUGAUGUGUUUGUUUUCAGGUGAUCUACAGUUCUCCGACCACUGGAGCUUGCUGUUAAUGUCCCGGGAAUGACGAGUGUGAUUUACUUCAUCCGGUCAAUCCUGUUGCGACACAUCGACCUCCACACAAUUUCCUCUAGGAAAAACUGCAUCUCCAUUGUGCUCACAUGAAACAAAAUCAAGUGUAUUUGGAUUAAAGCUUUUAAGUUUCA